AUGACCGGAAUCAAUCCAGACGCAAUGGUCCAUCAGCUCAAGGCAGAUCCAGACCACCCGCCAGUCAAGCAGAAGAGGAGGAAAUUCGCACCUGAGCGAAACAAGAUCAUCAAUGAAGAGAUUGAAAAGCUCCUAAACAACGGCAUGAUCAGAGAGGUCCACUACCCCGAAUGGCUGGCAAACGUUGUAGUUGUAAAGAAAAAGAACGGGAAGUGGAGAGUCUGCAUCGACUUCACUGACUUAAACAAAGCCUGCCCCAAGGAUUCUUUCCCCCUCCCACAUAUCGACAUGAUGGUAGACGCGACCGUAGGGCACGAACUCCUCAGUUUCAUGGACGCCUUCUCGGGAUACAAUCAGAUUCUGAUGCAUGCGGACGACCAGGAGAAGACAGCUUUUAUCACAGAGAGGGGAACCUAUUGUUAUAAAGUAAUGUCGUUUGGACUGAAAAACGCCGGAGCCACCUACCAACGUCUGGUCAACAAAAUGUUCUCUGACCACUUAGGGAAGACCAUGGAAGUUUACAUCGACGACAUGCUUGUCAAAUCCCUGAUUGCCGAACAACACCUCGACCACCUUAGCCAGGCAUUCGCCAUUCUCCGGAAGUACAACAUGAAACUGAACCCAGAAAAGUGCUCAUUCGGCGUCUCAUCAGGUAAAUUCUUAGGCUAUAUGGUUACUCAGCGAGGAAUAGAAGCAAACCCCGACCAGAUCAGAGCGGUCCUCAGCAUACCAUCCCCGACUUGCGUCAGAGAUGUCCAGCGUCUUGCAGGACGAGUGGCCGCCCUGAGCCGCUUCAUCUCCAGGUCCGCUGACAAGUGCCACCUCUUCUUCCACGCCCUCAAAAAAUCCAACAAGUUCGAUUGGACCCCCUCAUGCGAAGAAGCCCUACAACAGCUGAAGAGGUAUUUGACUACCCCCCCGCUGCUGUCCAAACCCAUGGACGGGGAGAAGCUCUACACUUACCUAGCGGUCUCAGAGACGGCCAUAUCAGCGGUGCUAGUUCGAGAAGAAGAAACAAAGCAGUCACCGGUCUACUACAUUAGCAAGUCGCUCCUCGACGCAGAAACUCGAUACAGCCAACUGGAAAAGCUUGCCCUUGCCCUCAUCCAUGCAUCCAGGAAGCUCAGACCGUAUUUCCAGUGCCAUCCUAUAGUUGUGAUCACCUCAUUCCCGCUCAAGAAAAUAUUGCACAAACCAGAGCUAUCAGGCCGACUCAUGCAAUGGACAGUAGAACUCAGCGAGUACGACGUAUCAUACCAACCACGCACCGCCGUCAAGUCCCAGGCACUAGCAGAUUUCAUUGCCGACUUCACACCAAGCGAAACCGCCCAGGCCGAAAAAGAAUUACUAUGCAUGAACGGCGCACCACCUUCAAAGUGGACUCUCCUAGUAGACGGAUCGAGUAAUGUCAAUGGAAGCGGACUCGGAAUAGUACUGAUCGCACCAGAGGGAGACAUCAUCCAGCGAGCAGUCCGCUGUGGGUUCAAGUGCAUGAAUAACGAGGCCGAAUACGAAGCCCUCCUAGCUGGACUUACCUUGGCCAGAGAAAUUGGCGCCAAGAGACUAGAAGUGAAGUCGGACUCCCAACUCGUGGUCAACCAACUACAAGGUACGUACCAAGCACGUGACUCAAAAAUGACAUCAUAUCUAAGCAUGGUCAAAGAGUUGCAGGCCGAAUUCGAAGAGUUCUCGAUAGUACAGAUCCCCAGAGCUAAGAACAACCAUGCCGACGCCCUCGCCAACCUUGGCUCAGCACUCCCAUGUUCCUCUCAGUCAUCCAUCCCCCUCCUAUUCAUGCAGUGGCCAGCCAACUGGAAAGAACCGCCACCUAACAAGUCUCCUAUAGAAGCCAUGGGCAUUGAGCAAGCCGACUGUUGGAUGACCUCGAUAGUGAAGUACCUGGAAGACGAUGAGCUCCCGGCUGGCAAGAACGAAGCACGCCGAUUGAAAGCAAAAGCUGCCAGAUUCACCCUACAUGAGGGGCAACUCCUCAGAAAGUCGUUCUCAGGCCCCUACCUCAAAUGCAUAAGCCUAGAAGAGGCCCAAAGUGUUCUAGCCGAACUCCAUGAAGGCAAAUGUGGCAACCAUGCAGGGGGGCGUAGUCUUGCUCACCGGGUGAUCACCGUAGGUUACUACUGGCAGACUAUCCGCACCGACUCAAUCGCUUACGCAAAGAGAUGCGACAGCUGUCAGAGGUUUGCUCACGUUUCGCACCUCCCACCAGAACGACUCCAUUCCAUCCUGACACCGUGGCCAUUCAUGAAAUGGGGAAUGGACAUCGUGGGAAAGCUACCUACUACACCGGGGCAACGAGUCUUCAUGUUGGCAGUGACAGACUACUUCACCAAGUGGAUCGAAGCCGAAGCCUUCGCUCAAGUCAGAGACCGAGAAGUCAAAGCUUUCAUCUGGAAGAACGUGAUCUAUAGGUUAAGAAUACCAAAGGAGAUUGUCACCGAUAAUGGGUCCCAGUUCAUUAGCUCAGGCUUCACGGAUUUCUGUGACAUGUGGGGAAUAAAGUUAAGCUUCUCAACACCCCGCAACCCCCAGUCUAACGGCUAGGCCGAGUCGUCAAACAAAACAAUCAUGUAGACACUGAAGAAGCGAUUACAUAAAGCUAAGGGCGCAUGGGCGGACGAGCUACCCGGAGUCCUCUGGUCAUACCGAACCACGGCUUGAUCAUCAACUGGUGAAACACCUUUCUCCCUGACAUAUGGUUCAGAAGCAGUCAUUCUAGCCGAAAUAUCAGUUCCGUCCACCAGGCUCCAGUGGGCGGACGAGAAAUCAAAUAGCCAAAACAUUUGCCAGAACCUAGACACUGUGGACGAGCUACGGGAACAAGCGAGCAUCAACAACGCAGUCUACCAGCAACAGGCCGCCCGACACUAUAACCGUAGCGUGAGGAUCCGCACUUUCAGGAUAGGUGAUUGGGUCCUUCGUAAGGUUUUCCAAAAUACCAAGGAGAUUAACUCUGGCAAACUCGGACCCACCUGGGAAGGC